UGUUCAUUUACUGCUUCAGUUCCUUAUAUUUUGUGUUGCAUUUUUUAUUGUGUUAAACAUUUCAAUCUUUUCUAUAUUUGGCAAUAGGUUAUCCAGGCCGUCAAACGUACAGCACGGACUCCUGGAAUGAGACCGGGAAAGCCGAAGCUCGGCGUUAAUUUAGAGGAAGAAUAUGCUUGUGAUGAAACGGUUUGGUUGCAGAAGCACAACCCGACAAGACGGCCAGGUUGAUAUAACUCUCCGGUUUGUUUGACUCCUGAGACUUCUUUUUUCUUUGUUAUUUUCUGAAGACUUUUUUUUUUGUCUGCUAGUGCUAUUAUCUAAGUGAAGGAUUAGUUAUCCGUCUCUUUAGUUUAGCUCAGCCUGACUACCUUCGAUCGCCAGCACAGGUGUCUGAUUAAUUAAUUUAAGCACUGGUCAUCUGAAACUCAUCGAGUAACUGCACCUGUCGUCGUUCUACCUGCUAUGCGAUAGAAAAUCACAAUGCACGGAAGCUGUGCAGUCGACCCAUCGGGCUUUUCCCGGCCGUUGCCGGUGAUCGGACUCUAUGCGGCUGCCGCCUCUGCCAUCUGCGCGGUAGCGAUGGCCUACGACGCCAUUUACGCUGUCUGCCGCCACGACCGCCCCUCGUACCCUGCCGCCAUCUUCUCCCUCAAUGCGGCCACCAUCACCCUCCUCUCCGUCGCCACCAAAUUCCCGCUUGACCUCUCCUCUUCCAUGCCUUCUCAGUUCGACCAGCUAGCCAAGCUCAGUGGUUCCGCCCUGGUCGCCGCCGCUGCCUGUCACUUUCAUCCCUCCCUCGAUUCUGUUUCCGACCUCAUCGCGCUCGCCAUCUUCGUGGCUACUCUCAUGGUCGACAUCUCGAUCCAGGUCUCCACCAGUGUCAUCUACGCCUUCGUGCCCGAGCACGUGGCCCUCGUCGUUCUCAACAUCGCCCUUCUCUUCGUCCUUUGUUCCUCCGCCCUCUUCGUUCUUGCCACUAAGCGUUCACUAGAGCUCAAGUUCCAGAUCUACACCGACAGGGUCAUGGCGGGUUUCGAUGACUAUUUGAACAUCACCUCUCUUGAACAGUCCGUGAAGAAGUGCUGGUUGAUGGCACGUAGUUGGAGCCAUCAACACGUUCUCGGCCGCUCAGCCACCUGCAGGGCAUCAGGUUUCUUCGGCCUUAUGGCCUGCGUCGUCCUAGUCGAAGCUACUUUGAGGUCCUCUUACAUGAGCUUCUGCGAGGGACGGUCGGAGUACAAGCGGUCAGCUGAGGUCGUGUUCUUCUCCCAACUGACUGCAGUCAUGGCUGGCACCGUCACUCCAACUUUAAGAUUGUUCGAUUCUGUCUAUCUGACUCGACGAUGCUCACAUGAGCUCGGAGUGGAGAGUUACUGGACCCAAAAGCUGGAUGAGUGGAAACACGAUGCAUCCUUUCCUUGGACGAAUGCAUGCGGUUUUAAGAAUCUUGUCUUCUGCUUCGUUGUCGGAGUUCAAAUCGGAUUAGUAGUGGUUUGCAAGACAAUAUGCUCAGCAGCCAGGUGGAUCCAUUGCGUCGUUAGAGCUUUGCUUCUCUUCUUCUUUAGAGUUGGAGAGAAUGCUGCGGGGCCUCGCGCUCUUUCAGGUACUGCAGCAGAGCUGCGACGACAUGUGCAGGAUUUGGAAGGGGAAGAAGAUGAUUUGGUUAAUUUCGUGAUUCUGAUGCAAUGCAACGAAUUUGAGCGAUUGAUCAAGAAGGGAGCAGAAUACAAACCUUCGUGUCUAAUUGAGCUAAUAUCCAAUGUAGAAGGAUAUGAUGCUCAAAAUCUGCAAACAUUCCUUCACUCUUAUAUCUCGAUGGAAUCCUCAAAUGUACCACUAGCAGUGGUGGAUCGAGCUACCAUGUGUUGGGAACUGCCAUUGGUGACCCUCACCGCAAUCACGGUGGCGCUAGCCAGUAUCGAUCCUGACUCGGUGCGGAAGCUCCAAAAUGGGGUGAGAGAAGGCCUCAAAUAUGUCAGACACGUCGAAGAUUAUUUGGGUCAUGAAACGUUCAUUGACAUGAGAAUAGCAGCAUAUAGUCUCUGGCUAGGAGUUGAUUUCCAGUACAAGUUGCUCGAUCACCCGCUGCGACGACGACGGAGUGCUAAUUCCAAGACUAUCAUCGAAGAACUCAAAAAAUUCAGCGAAGGAAAUCAAGCCAAAUCGGGAAGAGACACCAUCAUAGCAAAGUGUGUUACCAGAGUGACGGCAAUCAUACUGCAAGACUAUGACGCCAAGUAUGGGGCAGAAAAUGGAGAUCGUCAACUACUGGAGUGGUUAAAAAGCACCAUUCGUGGCACGUUGUGUGCGUGUCUGACCAAUUUGCCACAUAUUUUUUUCAACAAAUCCUUUUGCGAUGGUCUUCAGAAACUAGGGAAGGGCGUUAGGGAAACACCUCUUCUAUUGGGGGAGACAAAGGCCAUUAUCGAAAACCUUGAAACUAAAGGAAUGGUCGCUAAGUAUCCUCGGGGAAAAAGGUUCAUGGAAGAAUGGCGGUAGAUGGCAAGUUAGAACCCAUCCUAUCUAUUUGACAUCAGAAAGAGU